AUGAGCCAGCGCCCAGUUUUGAACUUUGUUAUUAACGUACUGCUUCAAGUUCCCCUGACUGCCUCCGAAAUUUCGGGGGUCAUAAUGCUCGCGGGAUGUCCACUCACAGACAUUGAAUAUGUGAACGAUAUUGCUCCUCUUGUUCCCCUGACUGCCUCCGAAAUUUCGGGGGUCAUAAUGCUCGCGGGAUGUCCACUCACAGACAUUGAAUAUGUGAACGAUAUUGCUCCUCUUGGUGCGGAUCCUCCAAAAAUCCAAAUCGUUUUAAAUAACCUAAAUAAUUCGGCCGCACGGUUCGGCAUGUUCUUCCCACCUACAAAGUGCGAAGUGCCGAUACAAAACCAGGCGAACCACUGGUGGAUUAACAUUUUUGUAAGUUCCAAUGGACUGGCUGGAGACAAUAUUACUUGUUGCAUCGGACAGGCCAGCUCAGCUUUUUCGAAUCCCCGAUAUCUGUGGCGCCGACGUAACCUCAGCUGGUCUGUCAAGGACAGGGUUUACACUGCGGUAGUGCGAUCCGUGCUGGUUUGUGGAUCAGAGAUGUGGCCUUUACGCGCACAGGACACACGAAAUCUGUCAGUUUCUUACCAUCACUGUCUCCAGAGAGUUGGUGGGGUUUAA